CACAUUUAAAUUUGCCGAUGGAUAUAUCUUGAUGCGUGCCUUAUUGUGAUCUCACACAUUGCCCUGGCUGUAAUGUUACAAGUACCCUGAGCUAUAUCUCUGACAUACUGUUUGUGUACUUACACCUGCGAUCAAACAGUUAUUUUAUAUGAUUUCAGAUGCUGGUUCGGGUAUGGAUAACUCAACGAUACAGAUCUCUGAUCUGAACGAUGAUGCGUUCAGGAAGAGUAUGCUGUUUGCUACGGCAAAAAAGUCAAACACACUGACAACUCACGCACAGCCGUUAACUCUACCUCAUGUACAGGCUUCACGUGAUGUAGACCGUGUCGCAGGCUCAGAGGAAUUAGACCAUGAGUACCUAUGGCUGCCAUCAAGAAAUUACGAUCAAGCUGAUGAUCGUGCACGUGUCGAUCGUUACCGUCAGAUGGAAUUUACUCGCAAUGACUGGAUAUAUCGUAUAUACACACCGUUAGGUGGUGUCAGUGUAUUCCUCUUCUUUGGCAUCCUGCUGUCUCUGCUAUCCGUAGCGCAACUAUACUCAUCAUGGACGUCUCAUAUGCAGGAAAUUGACUAUUCUGCUUAUACUAAUGAUCCCAUCGAAUUUGAGGUACCUUACGACAUAAAAGCGCCAGUGUACUUUUAUUUCAAAAUCACUGACUUUUACGCCAUCCAUAAAAGAGUAGCCUACGGAGCCAACCCUUCGCUUGUGACUUCAGGCGACUGUGAAAUGUUUAAAACAUUUGAGGAGAUUUUGGAUUUACGCUGUGUCAACAAGAAGAACACCCUUAACGGCAUUGACGAGUGGUGUGAAAUCAAGGAUAAGGAACCAGCAUUCAAGAAAACGGCGUACCCAUGUGGAGCUAUAUCGGCAACAAUCAUAACGGACAAUUUCUCAGUAUGCCAAAAGAAGGAAUUGCUACCAGCUGGACAGCGUUCUGAAGAGCAAUCUCCAGUUGAUAACCAGGUUAACAACUGCUUGCCAAUUAGUAUGGGAAUACCUGACUAUGACUAUAGCCUGUUCCACUUUAACCAAAAUAGACCAGAGGCGUCGUCUAAAGGAUUCCAGUGGAUCGACCUCUCGAACCUCAUGUUCAGAAACUGGAUACAAAUCCCAUAUGACUCCACAUUUCUCAAGCCAUAUGGAGUUUUGAAUCAAACACUUAGUGCCGGGAAGUACUACCUACACGUAACAAAGAAUCUCUGGCCAGCGGAACAUUGGAAAGCUAAAAAAUAUGUCGUAAUAGCCAAACCGGGAUACAUGGGAACUAAGGCAAUAGUAUUUGAAUGCCUAGCGAUUAUCACUGCAGUGGUGUAUCUCAUCACGGGGACAGUACUAUUCUUCAUGUACAAAGCAAGCUUCCACUGUGGAGUUUCACCGUGGAAGGGAUUGCAAGUCAAUAAGCAAAAAGAUGUAGCACCAGAAAACCCAACGGGAAACUACUACAGAAGCGAUGCACCCAAACCCACUGAACACGUAGAACCAGCGAAAAUGACAUGCUUAUGUCCACUUCAUUAGGCGACAUCAGACGUUGUUUUUGAAUCAUAG